UUAUCAAGAUUACCAGCUAUAGCCCACACUGGGUUAGGCCUUCAAUCUGCCAUACAGUGAAUGACUUGACCAGCACGUUGUUCAGAAAAAACAAUGUAUGAUCAAGUCUUCCGGGAUUGAACAGUGUUCUCGAUAACCCAAUUUGACCAAGUCAGUAUGAGUUCUCUUAAUGCAGAGUAAACUUGAUAUAUACAGGACAACUUUCUGACAUUCAUAAUCAAUUAGAGUUCCUCUGCUUGAAUUCAGAACUUAAGAAGGAAGAGGACAAUCGUGUUGGGGAUCUAUGCAAAUUGAAAGUAUUGAAUUUGAGCUAGAAUUAAGCUGAGAAUUUUUUGGAGUUGAAGUUCCUCUGCUUGAAUUCUGAGUUUUUGAAGAAGAGGGUAUUCAAUUUGCUCAUCUAUUCAAUGGGUCUAGUUGAUUAUACUAGGAGGAAAAUGUUGGGACCAGUUUUGGAGUGUUGAAUGUAAGCCUUAAGGUGGUUUUGGGAAAGUCUUGAGCCAGCAAUAAUUUGGGAGUAGCUCUGAAUAGUGUGUAACAAGGAAGAAGGAAGCAGCAUUCCUGAAGAGAAGCCAAUCAUGGCAGCAUCUGCAGGCGAGCGCUCUUUGGAGGAAACUCCUACCUGGGCAGUAGCAGCUGUUUGUCUAGUAUUCAUUGUCAUUUCCAUAAUACUUGAACAAGCUAUUCAUCAUGCUGGGAAGUGGCUUUUGGCGCGAAAUAAGAAGUCCUUGUAUGAGGCACUUGAUAAGAUCAAAUCAGAAUUGAUGCUUCUGGGGUUCAUUUCCCUCCUAUUGACAAUUGGACAGCAGCCUAUUUCCAAGAUCUGUAUAUCGAAAAAAGUAGCUUACUCCAUGCUUCCCUGUGACAAGAAGAAAGUUUCAGAAUCCAAAUAUGAGACAGGUGAUGAACACCGCCGGAAACUACUCUGGGCAUCCAUGUCUUCUGAUCAAGAAGUCCCAUGGAGGCGUGUUUUGGCUGCUUCUGCUGGGGGUCUGGAUCACUGUUCCCAAAAGGGCAUGUACCCUCUUGUCUCCCAGGGUGGCAUGCACCAAUUGCACAUCUUCAUCUUUAUAUUGGCAAUUUUACAUGUCUUAUACAGCGUCAUAACCAUGGCCUUAGGAAGAGCAAAAAUGAGACGUUGGAAAUCAUGGGAGAUGGAAACCCAAACAAUGGAAUAUCAAUUUUCAAAUGAUCCUGCAAGAUUCAGAUUUACCCGUGAAACUUCAUUUGUUAGGCGUCACACAACUUUCUGGAGCCGAACUCCAAUUCUCAAAUGGAUUGUAUGUUUCUUUCGACAAUUCUUUUGGUCAGUACCUAAAGUUGAUUACUUGGCUUUGCGCCAUGGCUUCAUUGUGGCCCACUUGGCUCCAAAUAGCAAGCUCAAUUUUCAGAAAUAUAUAAGGAGGUCUUUGGACGAUGACUUCAAGGUGGUGGUUGGAAUCAGCCCUCCAUUGUGGGCAUUUGCUGUGGUCUUUUUGCUUCUUAAUGUGUCUGGGUGGUAUGCUUACUUCUGGCUCUCUUUCGUGCCCUUAUGUAUAGUUCUGUUAGUUGGAACGAAACUGCAAGCUAUAAUAACAGAUAUGGCCAUAGAAAUCCACGAGAGACAUGCUGUGGUCAAAGGAACGCCAGUAGUGCAGCCGAGUGAUAAACGGUUCUGGUUCAAUCGCCCAAAGUUGGUUCUCUUUCUGAUACAUUUUACUCUCUUCCAGAAUGCUUUUCAGCUCGCUUUCUUUUUAUGGAUAUGGUAUGAGUUUGGCCUGAGGUCCUGUUUCCAUUCAAAUUUCACAAUUAUCAUGAUCAGAGUUGCCAUGGGGAUUGCUGUGCAGUUUUUGUGCAGCUAUAUCACACUUCCUCUCUAUGCACUUGUGACACAGAUGGGUUCUCACAUGAGGAAGGCUAUAUUCGAAGAUCAGACAGCUAAUGCACUAAAGAAAUGGCAGCAAAAUGCUAAGAAAAAUAGGAAGAAAGGCAGAAGGUCUGAACUCUCCGGAAGUGGAUUUCGAAGUGGUGAAACCACUCCCAGCCAUGGAUCAUCACCAAUACACAUGCUCCACAGAUACAAAACAAUGGGAGAUAUUGAAAAUCCAGACAUUGCUCAUAGAUAUUACCAUUCAGAAUAUGAAACCUCAGACUAUGAGAUGGAACAGUCUCCUUCGCCUUCUCCUCCUCAUCCUGUCUUCCCCCACCCUACUCAACCAGCUUCAACUACUGAGACAGAGAAGACCGCAGAAGCAACAAGACAACAGUCUACAGCGAACAAGAGCAACGACAUCACUGAUUUCUCCUUUGCAAUGGAAUCUACUGAAAUAGUUGGAUCAAAUACCAUUUGAUAAUAUCAAUUAUCAAAGAUCAAGGCAAAUAAAUUCCAAGAAUGCUAAACCCAUUUCCUACCGCAUGGAAAAUCAUGCUACCAAACUCAAUUAUUUCAGUUACUUUCUAUUAACAAUCCAAUUCCAAACUCUUUCUUAUUCUUUUGAAUUCUGCAUACCCAAAUUUCCAAAUGAUCAACAUGAAUCCAAGGGCUAAGAUAACUGUGAAAAUUCAGCUGUUCCAAUAAAUUGGGUAGGGAUUUUGUAUCACUUGCUAUGGUUUGAUAUUGAAUAUCGAGCAGUGUAACAGCAAAAACAAAAUGAAAAACAGAAUAAUAGAAAUGUUCUGUUCAAGUCAAAUUACUAAUUAUCCUCCAAUAAACUGGAAGAUUGUAAUUGAGAAGGAAUACCUCCUUUAUAGGAGACUAUGUAUAUAAAAACAAUAAAAUGUUCCUAUUAGCUUGGAAAUACUAGUGUAUUUAGAAGUAUUAUAU